GUUGUCAGGUCGCAACCAGGGACUUUGAUAGACCUCGAUAUCCCCCGACCAGACAUGUCUUAUCAGUCACCAUGUCUCUCUCUUCUUCUUCUUUCUUCUCAUCUCCCACCGCCGUCUUCACCUCAGCAUUCCUCCUCCGUGCCAUCCUCCUCGUCUAUGGUAUCUACCAGGACUCAGUCUCCGCCCUCAAAUACACCGACAUAGAUUACUAUGUCUUCACCGAUGCCGCAAGAGCCGUCUCUAGAGGCCUAUCUCCCUACCACCGCGAUACAUAUCGAUACACUCCCUUACUCGCCUGGAUUCUCCUCCCUACUACCUGGGGUGGCCUGUGGUUCCAUUUCGGAAAGGCACUCUUUGCAUUUUCAGAUCUUAUUGCCGGUUGGCUGUUACUCGUCCUUCUGAGGAAAAGAGGUCUCGAUCAACAACGUGCUCUCAAAUAUGCCAGUGUCUGGCUGUUGAAUCCCAUGGUGGCCAAUAUCAGUACUCGAGGCAGUAGUGAGGGUUUCCUUUGCGUUUUGGUCCUCGCACUGCUGGCUGCUUUCGAAUCUCAACAACUCAUCGGCUCCGCGAUCCUUCUCGGAAUUUGUGUCCAUCUCAAGAUUUAUCCAUUCAUAUACGGGGCCAGUAUGCUGUGGACACUCGAGAGCACAUCAUCAUCAUCAUCAUCAUCAGCAUCAUCAUCCACUGUUUCUGCAUCUACAACUCCAGCAGCGUCCCUUCAAGCAGUCUUCCAUUUCUUCAACGCCAAAAGAUUUCUCCUCCUGGGCAUUUCAACAGGCGUCUUCAUGGUCCUCAACACCAUCAUGUAUUAUAUCUAUGGACAACCAUUCCUCCAACACACUUUCUUCCAUCACCUGACCCGUAUCGAUCAUCGACAUAAUUUCUCCCCUUAUAACACUCUACUUUACCUCUCCUCUGCUACUCACUCGUCAACAUUGGGGAUCAACGGCUCAACAUCAUCCAGCUCUAUAUCUUUCGAAUCGCUCGCAUUCAUCCCCCAGCUCCUCCUCUCCACCAUCCUCCUCCCCAUCACCUUAUCCAAACACGACCUCCCCACCACCAUGCUCGCCCAAACCCUCGCCUUUGUCACAUUCAACAAAGUCUGCACAUCCCAGUAUUUCCUGUGGUAUCUGAUCUUCCUUCCACUCUAUCUACCAACCUCAUCUCUGAUCGCCCGGCCCAAAUUGGGAAUCACUGCACUCGCAUUAUGGGUUCUCGGCCAAGCGGCCUGGUUACAACAAGGAUAUCAAUUGGAAUUCCUGGGUCGGAGUACUUUUGUCCCGGGUCUUUUCGGGGCUGGACUGGGGUUUUUCCUCGUUAAUUGUUGGAUUCUGGGAAUUGUGGUUCAGGAUGUUUUGAUGAAUAGUAGUGGUGGUGGUGGUGGUGGUGGUGAUGGGAAGUCGGCGGAGGCGACAGUUCCGAAGGUCAUCAAAAGUCAAGGGCAAUAAUAUCAUAGCGAGGAUAGAAUAGAAAGAGAACCAAAAGGAGACACCGAGAUAAUAAACAACCAGUAUGAAAG